AAUAAUAAUAAAAGCUCAUCAACCCUUUUUUUCUUCUCUUCGUUUUCUCCUUAACCAUGAAGAAGCUCUACCGUAAAGGAACCGUCCACCCCUCUCCCUCUCCGUCGCCGCCAACCAUCUCCGACCACCUAUCCUUCCUCCCCGCCGCCAUCCUCACCCUCACUCUUUCCCUCUCCCCGAAGGACCAAGAAGUCCUCGCAUACCUCAUCUCAUGCUCCUCUUCCUCAUCCUCCACCACCAACUUUUCCGGCAACCAUCGCCGGAACCCUAAGGUUGUCGUGGACGGCGAUCACCCUCCUGUCUUCAACUGCAGCUGCUUCCGCUGCUACAUGAGCUACUGGGUCCGCUGGAACUCCUCUCCCAACCACCAACUCAUACACGAAAUCAUCGACACCUUCGAAGACUCUCUGGCUCACACCACAAAACCUUCUAGAAAGGAUAAGAGAAACAAGAGGGGCUCCAAAACCAAGCCUUCCGAGUUGACUCGCUCCGAGUUUCCCUCUUCGCCGCCGGAAUCGGUGCCGGAGAGUAGCAGUAGCAGCGCCGGCGCCGGUGAGGUUGAGGCUGGUCAGGGCGGUGAUGGUGGCGGCGAUGAGGAGAAAGGGUCGGUGAGAAGGUUUGUUAGUUUCAUUGGAGAAAGGAUUUGGGGCGCUUGGGCUCAGUGAAUGAAUUUUCAAGGGGAAAGGUGGGUUUAACUUCACCCUUUCUUUCUCUCUUUUGGUUCUUCUUUUUUUAUUUAUUUAUAAACUUUUUUUUUCUUUUUGUACAUUAAUCACUUCUCUGCAAUGUAUAAAAGGAAAAUGGCAGUUUCGUUUUUUGCGUUUCAUUAAGUUGUCGAUCUUAUGGUAUAGUUUCAAUUAAAUCAUGGGGCAUUAAUUAACUGCCUUUUUUU